CCCUCAACUCACCCAACAAUGGGCCCCCUCUAACACCAUUACUCCCCCUCUAUCCUCCCCCUCCCCCACGCCACGCCCUACACACCCCCCAAAAUGACGGCCUUCCUCCCUCGCACCACCUUCCCCACCCAAGUCUCCCUCCCCCGCUCCUACUUCCUAGGCCACCACGCAAGCGGACUCUCCAAAAUGAAAACGAUGCUUUCGAGAAUCGAUCUGAUCCUCGAAUGUCGGGACUACCGCGUCCCACUGACGUCGCGGAAUCCGUUGUUUGAGGAGAGUCUCAAGGGGAGGGAGAGGAUGGUGAUUUAUACGAAGAGGGAUUUGGGAAGUAGGGAAAUGAUGGAGGAUGUGAGGGUUUGUCUACCUUCUUGAUAUCUUAAAGAAGAGGGGAAUUAGUAAGGGAGGGGGAGAAAGUAUAUGCUAAUUCCAAGAAUUUCAACAGAAAGAAGAAACCAUCCGCGCCUGGCACGCCCCAAACCCCACCCUCUUCACCUCCCACAAAAGCAAAAAAGACAUCAAGACCGUCCUCACCUACACCAAAUCCCACGCCGAACACGCACCCAACCUCCUCGGCACCCGCAUCCUCAUCGUCGGCAUGCCCAACGUGGGGAAAUCCUCCCUGCUGAACGCCCUCCGCAUGGCGGGCGUCAAAAAAGCCAAAGCCGCCUCUACAGGCGCGCAACCGGGCGUGACGCGGAAAAUCGCCUCCGGUGUCAAGAUCGUAGAGAAAGACGAGGAGAAAGGCACCGAAGGCGUAUAUCUCGUUGACACGCCCGGUGUCUUCGUGCCAUUCGUCCCAGAUUCCGAGGCGAUGCUGAAAUUAGCACUCGUCGGCGCCGUGAAAGAUACCAUCAUCGCGCCGACGACACUGUGCGAUUACCUACUCUACCACAUGAACAGACAAUACCUCGGGCCCGCGCUGUACGCCGAGUACGCGGAGCCAACGAACGAUAUCACGGUCCUCCUCGAGGGCGUGUGUUAUAAGACUGGACGGCUUGGUAAAGGAGGAGUUCCUGAUCUCGAAGCGGCGGCGCUGUGGAUCGUGCAGCGGUGGAGACAGGGACAUCUGGGGAGGUUCGUGCUAGAUGAGGUGGAUGAGGGGGCUUUGGAGAGGAGUUUAGAGACGGAUUUUGGGAUGAGUGUUAAUCAGGCGAGGAAGAUGAGGAAGGUUGAGCUGGCUAAGAGGUCGAGGGCUAGGGGUGGGGUGGUGUAAGGAAUUCAGAGAGUGGAGCGGGUGUACUGUAUGAUAUUGUUUCGAUAUACUUGAUAGAUUGGGUUGGGUUGUACAUAUAGAUAGCUUUUGUCUUUAUUUGUUCUUUACAUAGCGCGGCGUUGGGGAUACAACUUUCAACGUUAACUCUGUCAAAAAGAGUUGGCAUUUGAAUACUAGAUAGCAUAUAAGCC